AUGGCGCCUGAAAGGAAACCGCCAAUUGUGCUUCCACCCACAACCCCACCAAGCGAUGUUUCCAAGUCCGCGGCCUUCAUCUUCAUCCACGGUCUCGGUGACGAAGCAGAAGGACUGGAAAGCGUUGCUCGCCAAUUCCAAUCCGCGAACAAAUUGCCACACAUGUCUUGGACUAUACCCAAUGCUUUAGAGAACCAUGACCUAGCUACUACAGCCUGGUAUCUGCCCACACGCCUCUCUCCUUAUCCACCAUCGCGACCUGAGCUCGAAGACGACGAAGAUGAAGAGGGGAUGAUGACUACCGUGUCCUACAUCACAACACUGAUCGAUGAUCUGGUCGAUCAGGGCAUUCCAACGGAGAGGAUCGUCUUGGGAGGGUUCUCACAGGGCCAUGCUAUGGCACUUUUGACUGGUUUGGUGUCGAAGUAUGCCGGGAAGUUGGGCGCGCUGGUCGGACUGUCUGGAUACCUUCCUCUGGCAGAUCAAAUACCGAAGCUGAGAGAACAAGCUGGGUUACCAGAAGAGGUGAGUAGCAACGGUGAGAUAUUUCUGGCAAGAGGAACAGGGGAUAGAUUGGUACCGAAGCGGUUACAUCGUAUGUGUUAUGAGGCAUUAUUUGGAUUUGGUAUCGAGAAGGACAGGGUGACAAUUAAAGAAUAUGAGGGCAUGGGGCAUGUCAUGGCCGGAGCUGAGCUGCGGGACUUAUGUGCUUUCUUGGAGAGGGUAGUACCGGAGAUGGACUAA